CUUCUUCUCUGUCGGUAUAUUUUAGCCCCAGCUCUGUCUCUGCUCCCCCUCACACUGCUUUACUAAUCAGAGCAUAAACAUGGCUGCUAACCGGGUGAUCGUUUAUGGUGGAAGAGGAGCUCUGGGCUCAAAGUGUGUCCAACAUUUCAAAUCCAAAGGAUGGUGGGUCGCUUGCAUCGACAUGGCUGCAAACGAGGAGGCAAACGAAAACGUGAUAGUGAAGAUGAGUGAAUCUUUCACCGAGCAGGCAGGACAGGUGACUGCAGAUGUGGCCCAGUUGCUAGGGGAACAGAAGGUGGAUGCCAUCUUGUGUGUGGCCGGAGGAUGGGCGGGAGGAAGCUGCAGUUCCAAAGAUUUAUAUAAAAACACAGAUCUGAUGUGGAAGCAGAGUGUGUGGACCUCCACUAUCUCCAGCCACCUCGCUGCUCUGCACCUAAAACCAGGCGGACUAUUGACUUUGGCCGGAGCCAAAGCAGCGCUGUCAGGCACUGGAGGCAUGGUGGGCUAUGGCAUGGCCAAAGCUGCUGUCCAUCAGCUGUGUCAGAGUCUGGCAGCGAAAAACAGCGGGAUGCCAUCAGGAGCUGCUGCUGUGGCCAUACUACCGGUUACCUUGGAUACGCCGAUGAACAGGAAGUUCAUGCCUGAUGCAGAUUUCAGCUCCUGGACACCACUGGAGUACAUCGCAGAAAUGUUUUUCGACUGGGCUUCAGGAGCGAACCGGCCUGCUUCAGGAAGCCUGAUGCAAGUGCAGACCUCCGGAGGCGAAACCCAGGCUGUGGCGGCGCAGUAGAGGACAGAGUGGAGCUGUGGAGACAGUGAUGGGGGGUUGGGAGGCAGAGAGAAAGAGAGAUGGGGAGAUGGAGAAGCCCAGAGAUGGUAGAGAGGAGGAGGAGGAUAUGAGGAAGGAGAGUUAGAGAUAGGAGAUAGGAGGAGUGAUGAAGAGAGUUGGAGGGUGUAGAGGUGAAGAGAGAUGGUGACAGAGAGAAACUGGAUAAAAUAAGGAGGUGGAGAGGAGAAGGCUAGAUGGGUUUGUUUUGGAGGGGUGAGGAGGACGAGGGAGGAGGGGCUGUCGUUGCAAAUGCAGCAUCAGAGCGCCAUCUAGCUGUAAACCCCUAAAAUGAUCCCACAGCAACAGUCAGACUGCGUUGUACAUCCAGUUAUGAUGAGGACACACUCUCCACUCUUGCACAACAAUUUUAAAGACGUAUUCAAAGAUCAGUUAAGCGUGUUAAAUGGGAAAUAUUUCAAAUUGAUAAGUGUUUGUAGCUCUUUUUUGGUCAGGACUGAGGAAGCAGUCACUGAUUAAGAUGCAUACAUAAUUAGUUACACCACACUUUUAUAAUUACUGUGUCACAGUAGUGUUGACACAGUAAUUAUAAUGGUGACAAAAUAAUGAGUAUUUCCUCCUUUUUCCAAAAUGCAUAUUACCAACCUCCUACAGAUAGCUACAUUUUCUUCAACACAUGACAGUGUUAUACGUGAAAUCUGUAGACCUUUUAGUCUGUGCUGUUUGUCAUCCCUGAAGGUCUUCUGCUUGUAGAAACCUCAAACCCAGAAGAAAGCCGCUGUCUUCUUCCCUCAAACGGACAAUACGGUGUGAAGUGGAGUGGCCUUAUUUUAUGUUCGCUAUCAAGUCAAAGUGUCCUUGGUGUCCGCCGUGUGAAAAAGGUGCCCUGCUCCUUUUGUGGGUUUUCUAAGUCGUGUGUUGUAACUGUCAAAUUCAAAAUAAAAUGAGCCAAAAAACAGGA